UGCCGCUCUGUCUCUGCGAGGAGACCAACUUUCUGCUGCACAACCGCGGCGUUUUCUGAUUUUAGCGCUCUGAUGUGACUAACGGACGCGUGAAAGUUUAAGCGUAUUCAGAGUGAAACGGUUCUUCUUUGGGUUUUGUGCCCAAGUUUGAGGAUUAUUUCUGGAAACCAAAGGAGCUACAAGAAUACACCCAGGGUAGUGACAGACCGCGGGAAAAUGUCGUUACUUCCUGUACAGUGAAGUCUUGGCGCGACAGCACGGUAGUAAACAAAAAGAAAAAGUGGGGAGAACAGCUAACAUCAACACGUGGUUCUUUUGGAGCUGAUCCCUUGAGGUGUUGAGUGAAAAUGGAAAUCCCUGACAACAGCGGCGCCUGUGCUCUCUCAGUACCUGGUGUAAAUGAAAACUCUGUGGACAUCUAUGAAGACUUGGACGGUGGUUUACCCAGUAAUGCAGAUAAGUCACCCUCCAGUACUGCUCAAGUGAAGGAGUCAAUGGACCUGUAUGAAGAGUUUGUUACAGAAGAACAGCAAAGCAAGGAGAAAUCGUACACAGAGCUGAUGUCCAGAUUUCAAGCGGCACAAAACCAAAUCAAAGAGCUGCACAAGAGAUUGGAACAGAUGGAAACACAGAACACGGGAUUAAACACUGAGAACUUUCGUUUGAAAAAGAACAUCUCUGCGCUCCUAAAGACAGCAAGACAGGAAGUGAUACGUAAAGAUGCCGAGAUUCAGAGGCUGAAUCAAAUGUCAGAGAAGGGUCACCAUUAUUAUAAUAACCAUCGGGAGAAAACGUCUUUCAACCUCAACUCGAAGAGCAUUUCCAGCAAUAGGCCGCAACCACUUCCCCUACCUCCACCAAGUUCAUCAAGUGGCCCAGUUCCACCCUCUACUCCUUGUCCUCAUCCUCCACCACCUCUUCCUCCUCUACCACCACAGUCCAAUUCUUGUCCCCCACCACUGCCUCCACAUCCACCGACUCAGAAUCAGCGUCUGUUGUCAAGAACAGAAAGCUGUAGUUUAAAUAAACAAGCGUCGUCAACUGAGGCACAAGAAUCGAAACAGGCGUCUCACGGUCAUUCAAGAAGUUCUUCCCGAGGAAGCUGUGAAAUGCCAAGUAAACACGCCGGACAUAAGUCCAGCAGCGGUUCCUCGAGCUCGCGGAAUGAAUCAGAAAAACACAAGUCCAGACACAGAGAGGAUAAAUAUUCAAGUUUCAGGUUAUCUGAGCAUACGGAUAGGCGACCUCGAACCACUUCGCAUCCCGACAAGGACUCUCACACCGAGACAAACAGGUCUCAUAAAAAAGACAAAUAUUCAGGACAAAAGAACGAGGCCGUUUCUGCUAAAAACAAGAGCUACGUAAAUGCCGACGGUCAUCACAGGUCAGACAGGAGUAAAAGCCCUCCGUCGGAGCGUUCACGCUCUCCAUCUUCUUCUGGAAAUAUUAAAAGUUCUACUCAAGACAAGACAAAUCCAAAGCCUAAAUUUGAGCCAACAGACUCUGAACAAGGCGCGGCUCCGAGAUCUAAAGAUCACCACAGCCGAGACCCUAGGAGAAACUCUAGUCACGAUGGGCAUCAUACAAGUUCAGACUCCAAGAAACCAAAAAAAAGUGCUUCGCCACAACGCAUAGAACGUUCCGCGAGCUCUCAUAAGGAUAAAGGAGAGCGACAAAAGAGGGAGGAAAAGAGACACGAGGACAAAAUAAGAAGGAAGCAUAAAAUAAGCACACCGAACAAGAAUAAGAAAGAUAAAAGGAGAUCGAAAGAGUCCUCGAAAGGAAAACCGAAUCACAACACUAAAGAAACCCAGGAAACGAAACAAAAAGCAUCGUCUAAAGAACCGCACGGCACAGAGGGGAGCCGUGUGGAUGAAAACAGUCCAAACAGGAAACUGUGUUUCAUGGAAACAUUGAACUUAACAAUUUCACCAAUCAAAAAGUCAGCGCUGUCAACCGUUCCUGACCAGGACCACGACCAGGACCACGACCAGGAGGAGGACCUUCAAAAACAAGAGAAAACGGUAGCCGGAAACGGAACAGAUGAUGAGGGUUUACAGUUAUGCAGUGAAGACAUGUGUGUCAUUGAUGAAGUGGACAGCAGUGAAGUUAAAGCAGAGAAUGACACAGAGGAAUGUGCACCCGUAUCCGAAGAGCUGAGCUCCGAAACAACACACCGGAGUUGCGACGAUGCUAAAAAUGCAGAAGAAAAGGAUCGUUGUCCCAGCGACUCUGGUCAAGCGCCGGAAGACAACAUGGGCAAAACUGACACGGACAAAGGACAAAUCCCGCAACGUUCAGACAAUCCGGGGACUCUCAAGUCACCGAAACCACUAGAGGGCAGUGUUCAUCAAUCCACAGAGGAUGACGUCUCCAACAGUCUUGUCUCCAACAGCCUCGACGUUACAUCUGAAGCAGCGGAGGUGACUAAACCUGUGAGUGACACAUGUGAAAGCACCAUAAAUUUACCAAAGACGAACCCGGAAGACGACGCCAGCGCUGCACCUGACCUCAACAUGCUGGAGACCGAACAAGUACAGGAAUGUGUGUCUGUUGAUUCGUCUAACACAGACGUCAAGGCAUCCACUUCAGUAGAACACCAAGAAGCCGAAAGGUCUCUCAGUGUCGGAAGUCCGACUUCUGCCGCCAUUUUAGACCAAGACCGUCAAGAAGACUUCCACCCCGUAGCCUCAUUAAGUCCCAGGCAAGAAAGUAGUGCGUGUCCCAAGGACGAGUGUCCUGUGGACGCAGACGCUGUAUCCAGCACAAUAAGCCUGGAAUCGGUCCCCCAAGAAGGCCUGAGUUUACCCGAGGCCAUUUACAUGCUCACACAGACCAAUGACGAAGUCGGCGACAGCGACGCCGCGGCUGAACCGAGCUCCUCCGUUGGUUGUAUCGCAGUGUCCAAAGUGAGCAGCACCACAGAGGAGGUGGUGUCACCGGGGAAGUCCUGCAGCCUCACGGUCACGCCAAAAAAGGAGUUCACUCCGUCAAAGAGGCACGACGGCUACGCCGAGCCCUCCAGUUCGGUACUGGUGUUUAUUGAUGAGGACUCAAUGAUGCGCACACUGAGUAGCCUGAAGGGAAUCCCUGAUGUCAUUAGCCCUAUAAAGAGCCCCAUGCGGAUGACCAAGAGAAGCCAUCUUCACGGCAAACUCGGUCUCGUCAAAAGCCUCCAGAAAGAUUUUUCAAGUCCUCCUGCUGAUAAAAAAUUGGAUGUAAACAAAGAAAACAAAUCUCCGGGUUCGCCGGCGGAAAAGAGAUCGGAUCUACUUCCAGUUCUCUCUGACACCGAACUGGAGGAAGGGGAGAUUUUAAGCGAGAGCGACGAAGCCGCCGCUGCUUCCCCAUCUCCAGCCAACAAGAGGGCGAAGUUGAUCCUGCCCGUCAGGAAAAAGACGUCCCCCAAAUCCGUGCUGAAGAGCAAAUGUGAUGAAAGAAGCGUCGGCUCCAAAGAAGCUAGCGAGACGACAAGCGGUUCGUCACGCAGUCCCAAGAGUCGCUUCAAAACCGUGUGUCCCGCGUCCGCCAAAGCUUCUUUCUCCACCGUAGAGGAAGUGAUGGAAACAUUUAAGUUGGUUCGCAGUGAGAUCCGGAAAAAGUACAUGAAACUUCACAAGACCUUCCCCAGGAGAAGCUUCUACGGCAUGAUGGAAAAUUUUCAGGAGUCCUUUUUAGAUUUUGUGAAUGGGGCAAACUUUUGUCAAAUAUGCAUCCAGGUGGGGGAGCUAAAGUCUAAACUGAAAAAGAUGAUCACAUCUGUUUUUACCAAAGUCUCAAACAACGGGAUCGUGAAAAGAAUAUUUGAACAGCAAGCGGUGGAUCUAAAGCAGAGGUUGUGGGACUUUGUGGACGUCCAGGUCGACUACAUGUUCAGGGACAUUUGCGUGUUGCUGAACAGCUUUUGUAAACCAACAAGAGCUCACGAAGACGACAAAAGGCCCAGUAAGAAUGAGAAAAUCCCUGGACCUCCUGCACUACACAAAUCCCCCAAAAAGGAUUUACAGUCUCCCCCAUCCAAACCCAAUCACAUCAAGCCGGCAGCUCCGGUGCCGUACCCAACAGGGCUCGGAAGCAGAGGCAAAGAUAUACGAAUCAUGCAUGAAGAAAAAGACUGCAGUGAUGACCCACCGCAGAAAAACUCCCCUCAGAAAAGAACCAUAAUUAACUUUCUUCCCCCCAGAAACGUAACUUUAACGCCGGAGAAAAGUAACGCCUCUUUACUCGACAAAACAGACUUUGAGCUCCUCACCGAACAGCAAGCGUCCAGUUUAACGUUCAACCUGGUGAGAGACUCUCAAAUGGGAGAAAUUUUCAAAUGCCUCCUGCAGGGAUCGGAACUGUUGGAACACAGCAACAUCACAGGAGAGAGCACGUCCUGGUCUCUGGGCACUCCGAGGAAGGACGGAGACAGGAUCAUUGGCAUUACGACGCCAACUAAAUUCGACUUCCCAUCGAAGCUGCUCAGCCCAAGCAGAUUUACCACCCCUCCAAAGCUUGUCCCUUCGUGGUCCAGCAUUUCACCGUGCAAGGUGUCGUCACUUCAGACCAAAGACCGGAGCCACCCGAAUCCAUCGUUUCUUGAUGAAAGCUGCUUACUGGAGUUGCCGUCGGGGAAUAAACCGCCUCAGUCGAGAUUGGCUUCCGAAAAGUCGUACUCCAUACUGGCUGAAGACCUGGCCGUCUCUCUCACCAUCCCAUCGCCCCUGAAGUCAGAGGGUCACCUCAGCUUUCUGCAGCCACCACGCGCACCCGUCAUGUCCACGCCAGACAGCGUCAUCAGUGCGCACAUAAGUGAGGACGCCCUGCUGGAGGGCGAGGACGCUUCGGAGCAGGACAUCCAUCUCAGCCUCGACACAGACAACUCCAGCGGAGGCUCCAGCAGCGGCCUGGUACCGGCAGAGCGCGUCACGUCUUUCGUUUUCAAGCCCGACGUCCCCAUGCAAGCGCUAGUGAUGGAAAAGUCCAACGAUCAUUUCAUCCUGAAGAUUCGCCCGACAACAACCGCACUCGCAGAUGUCACCCUGAAAGCAGAUGAGAGCUUGAGUCAAACACUGAUUGAAGCAAAUCCGCAUCACGCAGACGGAGAUGCAGCAAAUGAGGCAGAUGAAGCAAAAGCUUCCGACUCGGGGGAAAAGUCUCCGAACAAUAGGUCGCCGUCCAGUGCUGCUCUAAAUGUAAAGGUUAAUUUUAGCUUAGCUGAAGAUUUGGAAACAUCUCAAAGACCAGCAGGUCCAGAGGUCUAUCGAACUCAAAGUAAAAAAUCAGCAACAUCAAAUGGUCCAUCCUUCAUAAAUUAUAUAUCUUCAACCAAAUCACAGAAGUUGUCCAAGUGUCGGAAGGACAAUCCAUCAAAAAACAACAGUUUGCACAGAGACAGCCUAGAUCCUGUCUCGGUGCAGAUCAGCCGGAUGAGCCUCAGGGAUGAUAUCCCCUCCGACAAGAAAAAAAGCCAAAAAGGAGAUGCCCAGAAUCACAAAAGUCCUGUGAACGUCAAUUGCACAGGUGGACAAGAAAUGGCUAGUCCUUCAACAAGUGCAUUUUCAGAUAGUUCUCAUCACUCUCCUGCCAAUAGCUCUCAAACUAAACGAAAGCGUCGAGUUUCCCCGUCACCAGUGUCAGACUCAAGGAAAGACAAGAAGAAGGCGUCACAGUCAAAGACGAAGCCCAGGAGCGAGGAGGACGUUGACGCGAUACCAGAGACCGAACGGACGAAGCAUGACACCGUGAGAAAACGGAAGAAGCACCGAGGGGAACCAGAACCGAAGCGGCGCAGAAAAACAGAGUUGGACAGCCCGGAAGCGUUGGAGUCCACCCCCGCAAAAGACAACGGCGUGUCAACGGCCUUCUCGCCAACUCUGUCCCCCAAUAGUCUGUCGGCGAAGAAUGUUGUCAGGAAGAAAGGCGAAGUGGUGAUGUCAUGGUCAAAAGACGAAGAUCGGACCAUUCUGCUGGAGCUGAAGACGAGAGGCGCUUCCCGCGAGACUUUCGCUGCUCUGUCGGACAAACUUAACAAGCCCUCGUCACAGGUCGCUCACAGGUUUUAUCAGCUCAUGAAGAUUUUCAGAAAGCAGGAGAAGAAGGACGUCUGAAGCCUCGCUCAGCGUUGGUUGUUUCGGGUUUAGCUUGAGUUCUUUUUUUACGGGCAAAGUUGUAGGUUUUGGAGCCCCACUCACUGUUCUGUGAAGUUUUACGAUCGGAGGUACAACAGAUAGCAAUAUGUUUGUCACUUUUUGGGUUUAACUCUUUACAGUCUCUAUAUAAACAAUAGGUUGAUGUGAAGGAUAAUACGAUCCAUACAGUGUUACUACAUUGGAUGCACUUUUUUGUUUUUGUCCACAACUUACAUGGUGCAAUCAGUACUCCAGUAUCAGUGUGUAAUCGGAGCAUACACGUCGCAAGUACUGUCUCUAUACCACAUUCUACCUCUCAACGUUCUAAGACAUUGCACAACUGUUGGCACGACAAACUGAUUUUCACAUAUGAUACCCAACAUUGGUUUUUCCUCUUGAAUCAGCUUUUUGGACUGUGACAAACAUUACACGUAUAUGUAUGUGUAUUAGUCCACGUGACUUUCUGUUCCUGGAAACCACUGAACUAUUAUAAAUAUGGGAGGUUCACCCACGUUCUUAUACAUAAGUGGUUUUAAACUUAUAUGUUUUUCGAAAAAUGGUUGAGUUUGCAUGGUGUGUGUUCGUGCCCUAUAAUGUUCUUAAAGGAUUUAAUCAAGAUUUGUUUAUACUGGUUGAAGAGCAGUGCGAAAUACAGUUGUAAAAUUUAAAAAAAGUUAGGGCAGUUUUUUUGUUUUUUGGCGUGUGGCGCUAACAGGCGGUAUAGUUUUCAACGCUGUGAAUAUUGUACAUAGUUCUUUACUGAAAAUAAAGUAUUAUUUAUUUAC